AUGACUGAUGCGACCGUCACUACACGGAUUGCCCUUUUUUCUUCCGCGGCGCAAUUAAAGAGAGAAGGCGAGGCAGACCUGGCCGACAUCAGAGAAGCGAAAUGGAGAGUGCGCUGGACGACUGAGAACAGAACCGCAUGCGAGACCUCGAAAAGCAGCGAAUCUCAGGGCCACAUAUAUUUAUAUCUAAAAAGCGCACACACGUACACGAGCACGCUCACGGAGAAAAGAAAAAAAAAGCAAGAACAAGAACAGAACAAACACGGCCACUUCUUCGCAACGACGGACGGAUCGGCGUCACGAGAAGAAUGGCUGCGAACACGAACAAGCCGCGCUGAGUACGCCAAGGGCGCCGCAACGGCACGUCUCCCACAGCCCACGGUGGUUUGUCCGGCGGAGACCGCGACGGCUAACGAUUUCUUGCAGGAGGCGAUGGGGUCCGCGACAGGGAGCAGGGAGCGGAAGGACAGCGGCGCGGAGGCCAAGCGGCACGCCGUCGACGCCAUGAAGGCGGCCAGCGCGGAGAGAAAUCCCCAGAAGGACGGGUACGGCAGGGCGGAGGAGGUGGCGGGCAAGGUGACCGGGUGCACGGGCAUGCAGAGCGAGGGGGGCGGCGAGUAA